AUGGCCGACGCCUACGGGCGCGAAGAACAAAACAACGCCCUCCUCUCGUCCCUCUCCCAAAAGACCUCGGCGCUCAAACACAUCACGCUCGACAUCUACGACAAUGCGCGCAGCCAGGGCACGCUCGACAACACCAACGAGGUGUUUAGCAGCAUGAGCACAAACAUCCGCGGCAGCGCGGGCCGCCUGACCCGCAUGGCGCGCCAGGGCGACAAGGUCGCCGUGCUCAAGGUCGCGGGCGUCGUCGUCGUCGCCGGCCUGUUGGUCUGGUGGAUCGGCGGGUGGAUCUUGGGCUUGUUCCUGGGCAGGUGA